AUGAGCAGAGCAUGCACACUCCUGGCGUGUGGCGUGAGCUUGCAGAGCUGGGUUUGCACGGAUGGGUUCGCCGGCAACGCGUGGAGGUCCUCGCCCAGCGGCAACAAGGCAGAAAAAACUGCAACACAUACGUGUGUGGCGGCACCACCCGCGGAGGCCGCCACGGCCGGCUGGCAACAAAGGAGACCAGCAGCACGUGUUUUAGCGUCGCGUAGCAGCUGCCGCCGUGUGUCCGGCGCAACGAUAGCAUGUAGCCGGACCGAGUCCGCCUCUACGCUCCAGGUGCAAGAGAACGGCGGGGGCGACACGCAGCAGCUGGGGGAUGCGCCGUGGGAAGAUGGCGAAGGCGCUGCUGCUGAUGAGAUCGAGGCAGCCGGGGCAGGAGGAGCGAGCACUCCAUCGGGGACAGACGAGGAGGAUCGAAGCAAGCGACGUAAGCGCAAGCCGGUCACUGCCAACGGCGGAAGGAACAAGCUGUUCGACCUCCUGAAUGACCUGGAAGGCGGCGGGGGAGGGGGUCUCGAGGCGAUCGAGUUGCUGGGCGUGGAGAAGACGGCGCAUGGGGUGGGCGGCAGCAGCAGUAGCAUGUUGCUGGAGGGAGCUGCAGGUCAGGAACAUGUAGUAGAUCAUGUGGCGCUCCCACCGCAGCAUCAGAUGGAAGAGGAGGAGGAGGGGGAGGAGGAGGGAGCUGAGCAAGAGUUGCUGUCGGAGCCGCGCAAGAAGUCUGCUGGGCGAAAGUUCUCGAGGCGGCAAGGGCGCGUGCCCCCGCUGACGAGGAGCCAGUCAGAGGAGUGGAGAGUCCUUCCCAUGGCGGAGAGGAUCCAAGAGAUUCGGCACAGCAAGAUGAAGAAGAAGGACCCGAUGAAGGAAGAGAAGUGCAUGGAGGUGAUGCAGAUGUUGGACAAGGUGAAGGAGGAGCACGGGGAGAGGGGUCUCGGGCUGACGUUCAUCUACAGCCUCGGGAUGAGGACGUGCCUCGACUUCGGACAACCGGAGAAAGUUAUUGCGCUCUUCAGCGAGUUGAAGACCUUCAAGGAAAGCCCUCCUAACAGGCAAGCUUUCGAGGCGGCGUCCAUUGCCCACAGCCAGCUCAAACAAGGGGAUGCCGCAAUGGAGGUGAUUUUGGAGAUGAAGGAGUCGGGCUGGUUGCCGACGGAACGGGCGUACAAAACUCUCUUGGAAACUAUCAGAGGGACCGAGGGCGCGUCAGCGGUUGCGAACCGUGUCAUACAGCUCUACGUUGAAGACGAAGACCCGGAGGGGGGGGGUGCCGGCCUUCUGCCGACGAGCAUGGACUUGUGCCACCAGUACCUCAUGGUGCUGGCGUGGGCGAACGAGUGGGAGCAGGCACUGGAGUUCUUCUUCAAGCUGGUGGAGCGAGGGCAGCCUCACCCGGACCAGAACUGCUACAACGCCGCGCUGCACGCGCUCAACAGGAGCGAGCGCUGGGAGGAGACCAUCCGGGUGAUGGAGGCCUUCCGGUCGCACGUGCGGCUGAUGCAGCACCAGCAGCUGGAAGCGCCCAAGCCGAUGAGGAGCUUGUUCCUCUCUGCCUUGUCGACCCUGCUCAGAGUGGCGAAGCGGACCGAAGGCGUCGAAGGGUACGACGAGCAGGAGAGCGAGGCCGCCAUGGACGAGGCUAUAAAGGUCUGGAAGGAGCUCAAGGCGUCGGGCAUGUACGAGGGCAUAUCCCCCUACAGCGCCGGGAGACUGCUGCACCCCCUCUUCAACGCCUGCGACAAGCACGCGAAGUACUGGCCGACGGCCCUGGAGGUGUUCGACCUCAUGGAGAGCUACGAAUACAGCCCGGACAAGAGCGAUGAUAGGUGGAGAGAUGAGGAGAAGGCCAGCGGGUGGAGGGGAGGCGAUGGGGGCAUCUCGGCCGACGAACGCAUGGCCAAAGAGGAGGACAGGACAGCUCCGACAGCGGGCGAGUACCGUUCGAUGCUGCACAUCUUGAGCCACAGCAGGGACGCGGAGCGGGGGGCGAACUGGGAGAGGUCGAUGGAGCUCCUGAGGGAGGCUCAGGAGAACGAGCUACCCAUCUCGGAGAGUUCCUUUCAGACAGUGAUGACCGAUCUCGGGUUCGCCGGAGAGGUCGACCUCGCGUUUUCCAUCUACGACGACAUGCGUAUGGCCGGCAUCCCCCCCUCGCUCGACACCUACAACCGCCUGCUAGGGGUCUGCGAGAAGAACAAAGAGUGGGAUCGCGCCUUCAAGAUCCUGGACGAGAUGAGCGAGCUUGCCAUCAAGCCGGAUAUUGUUUCCUUUGGCGCUGCGAUCAGCGCGUGUGGAAAGGGGCUGGAAUGGCGGAGGGCCCUCGCGCUGCUGGUACGCAUGCAGCACGACGGGAUUGAGCCCAACCUCCAGUGCUUCAACAACGUGAUCCACGGGCUUGGGCUUGCGGGGGAGUGGAAGCGGGCGGAGGCGAUGAUGGAGGUCAUCCACAAGACUGGCCUGGUGCCGGACAGCUACACGUACAAUAGCAUGGCCAUGGCGUAUGCCUCGGCGGGAGAGUCUGACAUGGCCCUGGACGUGCUGGACACGAUGGAGAAGAACGGGGUCCAGCCGGACAAGGUAACGUACGGCACUCUCAUGAAGGCCUGCGACGGGGAGGGCGCUUUCAGCAUCAUGCGGUCUCUCAUGGAUGAGAUGGAGCAAAGAGGCAUUCCCAUGACGGUGCACCACUACACUACCUGCAUCGACGCGGCCAACAGGAUGGAAGGGACCGGAAUGGGGUGGGAGUUGUGGAGGCAGAUGGGCGUCAAGGGCGUGGAGCCCAACAACUACGCCUACAGCGCCAUCAUCACCACGGCUGCGAUAGACAGGGACGUCAGGACUGCGCUGAGGCUGCUCGAGGAAAUGAAAACGAAGGGGAUCAGCAUCGACGUCGUGAGCUACACGAGCGCCAUCUGCGCGUGCGGUCCUGACUGGCUCCUGGCGCUCGACGUCCUCGAGGAGAUGGACAAGGACGGCGUUGCGCCCAACCUCCUCUCCUUCACCGCGGCGAUGGGGGCGUGCUUCAAGGGCGAAGAGCCUCGGGAGGUGAUCAACGUCUUCAACAGGAUGAAAGCGGCGGGCGUAGCGCCGGACCUGCGGGCCUACAACCUCGCCAUCAUGGCCCACGACGCGGACGAGAACCACUACGGCCGCGCUAGCCUCGAGGCCGAGCUGACGGAGGCCGGGCUGAGCCUCCAGGACAAGGAGUGGGAGACGGCGUGGGUGCCUCCCCCUGACCUCGGCGGAGCGUUCUCGGAGAUCGGCGAGCCGGGGUACGACGUGGGGCCACCCCGCAAAGCGGGGGGGGGCAGGUGGGGGGACCAGGGGUCGGGGGGGGGCAGCAGCUACGGGCAGUUCGAAGAUUACGAGGGGGGGGGUAUUUUUAUUUUUU